CUAUGGCUCUAUGGCUGUUCUUAUCUAUGAGCUAUUCAUCAUGGUGUGUAGAAAAUCCACGUGUGUUACACUACAAAUUACUUCCAUUUCAACUAAAACAAUAACUUUUAUUAAAUGAACGAUAAAAACUUAAUAGUGGCAGCUCAUAGGUCAUAUAUAAUAAAAGAAUAAUAAAAGUGAACAAAAAACAUUAAACUUAACCUGCAAGAAAUGUGAAAUGUCUGUUAUAUCAAGUUCAACGAGAUUGUCAGUCUCUUCCAGGAAAAGCACGAGUAUUAGAAGUGUUUUAAAUAGUACCAAACCAACAAAAGUGAGAUUUCAACUUCACCAUACUAAAAAUGUGCGAAAAAUCAUUAUUGAUUACGUGAGGAAAAAGGAAGUAAAGGACUAUGAAAACUUAUUGUGUCUUAUUCGCGACUCGGAAUUACUUGAUGAAGACAUUAGGCUACUUUUAAAUGAAGCAACACAGUGUAUUUCAUUACUAGAUCAAGACCUAUCUUUAUUUAUAGAGGCAAUCUUAACAGUUGAUUGGUUAAGUUAUCGUGAAGAUGUGAUAGCAGAAUAUCAGUCUUUUCUUAUAAAUCUACUUUCUGCUCAUAAUUACCAUGCUAAAUUAGUGAUAGAUCGUUUAGUAAAAAAAUUUUAUCCAGAAACAGAAACAGAUGAGUGGCCAGAUGGAGUACCUAAUGAUGCAGACUGUAAUAAAUGCAUUAAUGUUCACUUUGUUAUCAGCAUAGUUUUGAAGGUAGUCCCAAUGUGUAAGGAGUUACUACUACAAGCAGUUAUCAGUAGCUACCCAUAUUUACGAAAAUCAUCUCACAUACAUGAAUAUUACCUACAUAAUUUAUUAUGGAUACUAGAAUACCAACCUGACCUUAGAAGAGAUUUGCUGAAAUUAAUAUUUUCAAGAUUAGUUUUAUUAGAUGUUCAUUCUCCCAGGGAAGAAAUUGAAAAACAUGAACAGGAUAUGGGACUUGAAGACUGUAUUUUUAAUUUUGAUGAUGAUAAAUCCGUUUACCAACAAAACCUUGAAAACAAAGUGAAACAUCCAUUGGCACAUACCCUAGAUAUUUGCAUGGAUAAAAUGUUCAACUUCUGUUACAUUGAAGUAUACAAUACAGACACUGGUGAAUUAAAUUGGGAAAAACUAAAAGGCCUUUAUCACGACAUUAUUUCAAGCUUUGAUAAAGUGAUAUUCCCUACGUAUAACACCCACCACGUACAGUUCAUCAUCUUCUUUCUAUGCAGCCUGAAGCCAUCUGUUUCAGAGGCUUUUCUGAACUUUCUUUGGGGUAAAGUGUCAUCGGCUUGCAUUGCUCCAGUACAUCGGCAAACAGCUGCUGCUUAUAUCGGAAGUUUCUUAGCGAGAGCCAACUAUAUAGCUCUUGGAAUGUUAAAAGGGACACUACAACAAAUGGCAGGAUGGGUUCAUUCAUACAUAGCUGCUCAAGAUGGUAUAGAUUGCAUAAAUGCUGACGUUCGAGUUCACACUGUGUUUUACAGCGUGUGUCAAGCUAUCUUUUAUGUCAUCGCCUUUCGACAUAAAGACCUCCUGAAUUCCAAAAAGGGUUUAACUUUUGUGCAAAGUUUAAAUUUAGCCAAAAUGGUAACAUCGCCAUUAAAUCCUUUAAGAGUUUGCCAAUCUGCUGUUGUGCAAAAUUUUGCUGCUGUUACAAGAAAGUAUCAGUUGGCUUACUGUUAUUCAAUAAUUGAACAUAAUUCAAGAAAUAAAAUCCCAACGAUAUAUAGGGAUGAAAAAGGCGCCGUUAUCACAUCAAAUAAUGUUCUUGACUCUUUAUAUCCUUUUGACCCAUAUUUAUUGAAAAGAUCAGAAAAAAAGAUUGCACCAUUCUACUUAGAGUAUAACGACAUAAUGGAAGAAACACAUAACAGAACUUCUGUAAACGUUAGAGAGGAACACCAAGAAACAGAAAUGGAUUGUGAUGAUUUUUUGACUGAUACUACAACUAACAACAAACUCAAUAACCAAUUUUCAUAUGGGACAUCACCGGGCUUUAAAUCUAACAAUUAACGUUUAAUAAGGCGUUCAAUUAAAUAAAAAUGUGAUUUGUAUUUGUUUGCUAAUAAAUGUUAAUAAUUUAAAA